AUGUUGCUCUCUAGAAGUGUACAAGCGUGGUUCCAGGCGUUUACCUUGUGAACACCCUUCUUCAAAUGACAAAUUUUCUAAAAAAUUGAAACAUUUAAAAAGCGGCCUUAAAAAGGAACUAACCAAGUGUGACAUGGACACGCACACACCUCAGUUUGUUUACAAGAUCGACAUUACCGGCCGUACUGGAAGCAACGUGACACGUCCUGUAAUGCAUGCUACAAUAUCAAAGUGGCCAUUGCGCUCACCUUUAUCAACCAAUAAAGGCAUAGACUUGAUGAAAAUACCAGAUCAGACGGGCCAUAUGAGCAUUAAGUUUGACGAAUACAGUCCUUUAAAAAAGAAUUUAGUUGGGAGAAGUUAUUUCACAAUUACAACAAAAGAUUAUUUGGACAAUGUCAUUUUCUAUUUGAAUCCCUCCGACAACUUGUAUCAGUGGCCUAAAAGAGUAAAAAAACAAAGGAAAGUUUUGAAAUUUUUGAAGAAAAUACAGAGGCGAUGCAAUCGACAGAAGCAAAGGUCGAGAAAAAGGUCAAGUCGAAAGAUUUAGGUAAAUUUGUGAAGGAGUCUCGGGGGUCCUGGUUUCGAUUUAUUUAUUUUAUUAAAUAAUAAAAUGGGACAAUGAUUGAAUCAAACAUGAAAAAUACAAUUAUCCCGUUAAUAUCUUUUAAAGAUGUCUCAUUUUAAAGUGAUCUUAUGCUCAUUUUUCGCUGUGAAGUAGAGUUGAAAUAAUACUAUAUAUUUCAAGUGAUUGACCA